AUGGAGCAGUACAAUGAGAGCAUCCACUUCGACAAGCUCCUCCACAAGCAGGAUAUCCUUUGCAGCAUCGCUUUUGCCCGCGCGAAUUACAACAAUGGCACUCUGACUCAACACGAGUUUAAGGAGAUCGAGAGAGGCCUCCUGGAGGUUGAAAAGGAAUGGGAGGCUGGCAAGUUCAAGAUGGUCCCGGGUGACGAAGACAUCUACACUGCCAACGAGCGUCGGCUCGGCGCGAUCAUUGGCAAGGACAUUGCCGGCAAGCUUCACACAGGCCGCGGCCGAAACGAACAGGUCGUCUGCGACAUACGCAUGUGGCUCCGCGACGAGCUUAUCAAGCUCGAGGGCCACCUCAGCAGCUUCUUGAAGGUCACCGCUGCCCGUGCCGAAAUGGAGAUCGACUACAUCAUGCCUAGUUACACUCACCUUCAGCGCGCCCAGACCCGCCUUCGCGAGGUCAUCAAGCGCGUCAACCGCAACCCCUUAGGAUGUGGUGCCUUGGCCAGAAAUCCCUUCAACAUUGACCGUGAGGCAAUCUCCAAGGAGCUGGGCUUCGAAGGUUUGCUCUGGGACACCAUGGCUGGUGUUCACGACGGUGGCUUCGUCACUGAAACGCUGCAGUGGGGCUCGGUCCUUAUGCAGCACAUUUCUCGCUGCGAUUUUCUUCUGGGACAGGUUGUUGACAAGGUUAAACCAGGAACCCAAGCUGACUUCAAUGGUGGACGAAUUCACACGUACGAUAACGGCAAUAUUUUAUUCACCCAGAAGGGACAAGCAAAUCAACACCAGUUAUCGUCCGCUCUCGACCCCUUUAUGUUAGCCACCGACGUUGCCGACUAUCUUCUUAGUUACGAGAAGCUGAAGGCUGUCGAUAAGCGCUUCGAGGAAGAUAUUGCAGAGACCUUCAACUACGAGAGGAGCGUCGAGAUGAGGACGGCCAAGGGCGAUGCUAGCAAGGCUAGUGUCCUCGAGCAGAUUGCCGUUCUGCGGGCAUUGGUGGAGUAA